AGAAAAUACGGAAAAUAAACAAACAUGGACCACAUUUGCUUCAACCCGAACGGCAAUGAUCCAGACUUGGUCAGUCAAGAAUUAGGAUCAUUAUAUAGAGUUACGCUGGCGUGGCCGACGAUGGAAACUACGUGACGAUCAAUAAUGCACGAAAAAAUCGUUGAAGAAUUUGUAAUGGGAAAUAUUUUAGCGCAAGAAUUCAUGCUGCGCUUGUGGUUCUGAUUAUUGGGUGUUUCUCAAAACUGGUAAAUAGACAGCUGCUGUGCGGAGACAUCGUAGGUGUCAUUAUUAGUGUGGGAGCGUCUCGCCAAGUUCGUUUGCCAGAAUAACUCAAUGAAACUUUCAAUAAUCACAGAAUUUCUUACUAAAAUAGUACUUACAUGUUCUACUAAAUGACGAGAGGAUAAAAGUCCUGAGCGAUUUUCUAAAGUUUCAUUCAGUAUUGAAAGAAUUGCAUUAAGCGAGGCAAUCGUUGGAGUUGUAAAUUCAAGCAAAGACUGAAAGUGAUUAUCUACUUGAAUACUUUGAAAGGAAUACGUGGAAAAGUCUCUCAUAGCUGGUGAUGAUCGGGGUUUGUCACAGUCGGAAUUCAUCCUUGAUUAAGAUUUGGAUUAACUUUUCGUGACUGAUAAAGUGACAUAUCAAUAUGAAUAAGUCAAUAAAAACUUCAUGGAUCAUAUAUGUUGUCAUGUGUGGAUUGGUCGCAAUAACAAUGAGCCAAAGACGAAGACCUAACAUCAUACUUCUUGUAGCUGAUGACCAAGAUAUUUUGCUUAAUUCAAUGGAUGUAAUGAGUAAAACUAAAGAAUUCCUAAUACAAAAAGGCGUUGAAUUUAAAAAUGCAUUCACUACCACACCAAUAUGUUGUCCAUCAAGAAGUUCAAUAUUAACAGGUUUAUAUACACACAACCACCAAGUUUAUACUAACAAUGAUAAUUGCUCUUCGUCAAUUUGGCGAAGAUUCUAUGAGUCACGGAGCUAUGCAACUUAUUUAGAUAGAUCUGGAUAUCAUACUGGUUAUUUUGGAAAGUACUUGAAUGAUUACAAUGGUUCUCAUAUACCGCCUGGUUGGGAUUACUGGAUGGGCUUAGUGAAAAACUCAAAAUAUUACAACUAUACGCUUCGUCAUAAUGGAAUUAGAGAGCUUCAUGGAAAUAAUUAUGCCAAGGAUUAUUUGACUGACUUGGUGACAAAUCGAAGUAUUGAGUUUUUUCGAAAUUCAAAACUAGAAGAUCCAGAACGACCUGUACUUGCCGUUGCCAGUUUUCCAGCUCCGCAUGGUCCUGAAGAUGGAGCCCCUCAAUAUCAAGAUUUAUUUUCUGAUACAGAAACUCACAUAACCCAGAGUUUUGACUACUUUCCUAAUCCAGACAAACAUUGGAUCAUUAGACAAAGGAAUACUGGAAUGGACGAGACACAAUUACGCUUUUCCAAACUUCUUCAACAAAAACGACUACAGACAUUAUUGUCUGUUGAUGACGGCGUUAAAAAGAUAAUCGACAUGCUCCGGGAUAUUAAUGAACUGGAGAAUACUUACAUCAUAUACUCAUCUGACCAUGGAUACCAUAUCGGACAAUUUGGCAUUCCAAAGGGGAAGUCAAUGCCUUAUGACUUUGAUAUUCGAAUACCUUUUUUUGUAAGGGGACCUGGAUUGCCUAACAAUUACAAAUCGAACAAAAUUGCUCUAAAUAUCGACAUUGCUCCAACUAUACUUGGAAUAGCUGGUGUUUCUGUUCCUGUGGAUAUGGAUGGUAGAAAUUUAUUAGAUCUAUUCGAUGAGGAAAAACUAGAAGCCAAACCAUGGCGUGACAGCUUCCUUGUGGAGCGUGGAAAAUUACCACGAAAUCGAACACACCUGGUUCGUCCAAAAAUGCCCAAGGAAACAAAGAUUGAGAAAUUGAAAAAGUUAUGUCAGACACCAAAUUAUGUCAACCCUUGUCAGAUCAGUCAAUUUUGGACAUGUGUGACAGACUCUGAAGGAAAGUUAAGGUUGCAGAAAUGUAAAAAGGAUAAAAAGCCACCAAAGCCGAGACGAAGAAUAAACAUAAAUUAUAGACGAAGAAAAUGUCCUUGUCCUGCUGAUCAUAAUCCAUUAGAUGGAAUAGACAGAGAUUCAGAUGAAGUAAAUGUUUUACAAACAUGUAGUCGACGAGGGCUUGGAUCAUCUGGUGCUUAUAGAAAUCAACGUGGGAACAGAAACAGAUUAUCGAAAAGGAAUUCCUAUCGGAAUAUGAUGAAUGCCCAGAAAAGAACGUGGAAUUCAUAUAACAACCUUCGAAAAGCAAAAACGUUAAAUAAAAGAAGAUUCAAAAGAGACAUUCCAACACAAAAUAUAGAUGAUAAUCAGAAGGAUCGUUCGGGUAGCAAAGCAUCGAAACGUGACAGCAUGGUUUUAACGUCAAGUUGUAGAUUAUACAUGCCCAAUUUCGAAAUCAGAUGUCUCGAAAAUCUUUACACAAAUCCACAUGAAUGGGUGAAACAUAUGGGGCAUCUUGCAAGAAGCGUCAAAACUUUGCAAAUCAGAAUGAAGUAUAUGAAAACAUUGAGAUCCUGUUUAAAUUCAUAUGAUGAAAUGAUCAAAUCAAGAGUACGUAUGUGUGAUUGUCCUCCUCCACCUCCUCCUAAGCAGAAGAAUCCCAAAGUUAAACUGGAGACGCAAGGAAACAUAACCCAUCCACUGACAGAUUUAGCCCAAAUUGAAGACAAAGAAUUUACUGAGCGACAAAGAAAAUUUAUGGAACAUCGGGACACUGUGCGAUUGAUAAAAGAAAUGAGACAGGAAAAACAGAGGCGCAUUGCCGCAAGAGAAAAAAGUGGAAGGUUCAGAUAUAAGAAAUGUGGUACAAAUGGAGUGAUUUGUUUCAAAUUAACGAAGUCAACUUGGCACACUGAACCAAAAUGGGAUGGAGAUGAUCGAUGUUAUUGCACAAAUUCUAAUAAUAAUACGUACUGGUGUGUGAGGAUUAUUAAUGAAAACACAAAUUUAUUAUAUUGUCAAUUUAUCACUGGAUUUAUUGAAUUCUUUGAAAUGAACAGAGACCCUGCUCAGUUAGUAAAUCGUGAGACUGACUUGUCGAAGGAGCAACAUGAUGUCUUCCUUGGCAUGGUAGGAACAUUACGAAAGUGCAAAGGAGCAAGCAAUUGCACACUCGAUCCAUUCACUGAUACUGUACUACCAACAACAGAACCAGUGUUUGAUAUGCAACCAAUACCCGAAGAUCCACAAGGAAGAUCGCUUUCACAACUUGAUCUCCCAUAUGAAGAUCCUGUUCAACAACUUCCAUUUGUAGUCAACAAUGUUACUGUUUCUCAAGAGGAAAGUGAGUUUGACCAAACAAAUAUUGAAAAUCCUGUAGAAGAACCUACAAGAAGAGAGCGUAGAAAGAAUUCCGAUGACGGUGCACCAAAUUCGAAACAUGCUAAAGGAAUUAAGCAAAGGAAAAGGCAAAAUUCGCCGAGGAAAAGCAAAGUGGAAGGCCAGAAUCGGUCGAAUAAGAAGGCGUCCAGAACUGUCAUGGCCGAAAGACAAAAAAAGAAAAAAGUUUCAACAUCGCAACCAAGUUCUCCGCAAACAAAGGUGGUCGAAGAAGCUUUCCAAGUCGGGCAACAAAGCCCACAACAAGAGAGGCAAAGGAAUGGUCGCCGCAGGUCAAACAGCAGAGUUAGAUACACACAUGCUCAAAAAAAUACGCGCUCAAAGAAAAGAAAGAACUCGGCAAUCCAAUAACUGGUUUUAUUAAAGACUUCCGAGGAAGAAUUUAUAUAUUUAAAACUAUAUUCAGCACAGCUGAUACUGAAAACGCAACAGCACAGUUAAUCUACAAAGAUGCCCAUGUUUAAGUGGCUCUUCUGUAAAAUUUCUUUUAUUAUUUGUUUCAAUAUCAUUUUAAAAUAAAACGAAGAAUAUUGACAAAAUUCAUUGGACAUUGUUACUAAGUACAAUGCAUAAUUUCAAUGCACACAACCUACGGCCACCACUGUGUGUACAAUAAUAGUGUGAUGAUGUCACAAACAUGUUCUACACUUGUCUGUAGGAAAGGCUUUGAUGACUGUCAAGACAAAUGGAAUUUAAAUGCUUACAUUAAAACUUGUUUUUAGUACAUAAAACUGUGUCAAGAGUAUGUGUAUGCUGAAAUAAAUUGGAUGUUUUUUUGAAAGUUGCAUACACACAGUAAUAUGAAGCAGUCUUAACCAAGCAAAUUCAAUUGUAAGCACAGAUUGGUGAACUUUUACCUACUCGCCUUCAUCUACAAAAAUAUAGAUGCGCAUCAAUUUUUAAGAUUUUUCAAAGAUAAAUUUUAUCUCAAAACCAUAUUCUUCCUAAUUUUUUCUACUACAAAUAUACAAUUGAUAUCUCCAUAAUUUUUCUUCGAGUGCGAUUUUGCUAUUCAAUUAACCCUUCAUAUACGGUGCUAUGCUGCUUAUGUGGAUUCCCCUUUGAUUUACAAGGGUUUGCAUCUACAUUAUUGGAGUUUUUUUACUAUGUUUCGCUCGUAGUUAGAAUCACAAAUGAUGUUAUUAAAUGUGAUCAUAGAUGGUCCCGCUAAUUAUGUGAGACCCUAAAUUAGUUAAUUUUUUUAUCUUUUCACUGCUCUGUAGCAAAAUAUUAGAACGAAACUUCGGCUCAGCAUAAAUACUUUGCAUUUUAAUAUUUUGUUUGAAAAUUCUAUUGUCAUAUUUUUUUUGUGUUUUAGUGUGUAAAAAUAAAUGUUUCAUUGUUAUGUACAUUCAUCGUCAAUGUCGACUGGCGUAUCAUGCAUGAACAUUAAAUCUGAGAUAAAAAUUUCAAAAUGAGACCUUUUUAAAUUUAUAUACACUAAGAGUUAUUAAUAUCAAUCAAAAUAUAAUUAUUCCAGCAUGAUUUUCAGACACACAAAUUGAUUUUAAUGAUAUGUCCGUUGUUUUAUACGACUAUUCUUGGAAUUUAUGAUUUUUCUCCUAUCAUGGUCGUUUUUGUGUUUUUUUUAUCGGGCAUGUGAUCACUUUUAACAUUAUUACCAGUUACAGGCAACUAUUCGUCAAUUUUGUUAAGCUUACCACUUAGUUCACUCACUAUAAUUUAAUCUAUUACCUGCUAAGCCACCUUUACGGAAAACCAAUUUUGCUAUGCUGAAUGUAUCUUUUAGCCCUCUAGUCCAUUGGUUAGUAUAUAAAUAUGAUUAUUACCUAAAUUGUUCGUAAACAUUUGUCAUUUUAUCACGUUUUCAGUAGUUCUGGCAGUUCUAGUCAUAAACAUCUUGUAAAGUGUCUUUGUUCUGGGAUCAAUAUUGUGUUGUUUUUUACGGUUUUGGCUAGGUUGGGCAAUACUAUUCAACAAUCAUUUGAUGGCAGUUGAAGUAGCAUGAAUUUUAUCAGUAUUAUUUGUAUUUUCACUUCAAUUGUGUGAAUAACAUACUUGAUCAUAUGAAUAUUGGAAGA